GCGAUAAAUACCUCGAAAUUAUCAUUCCUGAAAUAAUCAUGCACAUUCAAUCUUCACAACUUUCUUCAACUUCACCAUUUUCAAAUCAAUCAAAGACUCGUACAACUUUUCAAAUCCAUCAAAAUUUCCAAAUCCGUACAAUUUCCUAGCCUAUACAGCUUUUAAAGCCGUACAACUUUCAAGGCCGUACAAAACUUCGAAUCCGUAUCUAAGAUUCACUUCCCUCUUGAACAUUAAUAAUUCUCAAAAUGUUCUUCAGCAAACGUCUCGUUUGCUUUUAUUGUGGACGAAAGUCGAACCUGAGAUUCGACAAUACAAUGUCUCAAUUUGAUUGUGAUACUUGUGAAGCCACUAAUUUUUUGGAUCGUGAUGGCAACAUCGCUGAUCCGCCAACUUCAAUCACUCAGCCUACUUUAAACAAUCAAUAUGCUGAUUCUAACUCGGCAUCCUCCUCCACGGGGUCAUCCAUUUUUUGUGAUCGCUGUUUACGUAAUCAACAGUAUCAUUGCGAUGUCAUGAAGCAGCUCAAUGUUGAGCUUGACCCUAGACAUCCGAAUUAUCAGAUCUCUAAAGAGAAGAUUCGCAAUGUUAAGAGAGAUCUUGACAAGCGUUAUCCAAUGGUUUGCGAGAAAUGCGCACCAAAAGCUCAAGAACAACGCGAUAAAGCGGACAAGUUCGCAAAAUCUGACUGGCUUGGAAGAUUAAACGCUCUCAGCGAGUCGAUCAGAAGCCAAAAGACAUGGAAGGAUACCUUUAAAAAUGUCAUAUAUCAAACCCUCCUCUAUCCAAUCGUAUCAAAAAUCUGGUACCUCGUUGUCAUCGGACAAAUGCUUGCUCUUGUUCUGGGUCUCUUCAAUGUCACAUACAUCUUGACCAACGCCUUAAACUUAAUCCCCUACUUCUCAAACGACUUGAAACUUAACAUCAUCUCUUUCUUGUCAUCUAAGAGAUACCUUGGAUGGAGCAUCCUUUACAACUUUUUGUCAUGUGGCAUGAAUCCAUUCUUCUCCCGAUGGUAUCCAAGAGGAAACCCCAAGCGUAUCGUUGGCUUCUUCAACUGGUAUGGAUACCAACUACUUUUGCAACUGGUCUUGCGAGUGAUUUUAUGCUCCAUUUUCGGAAAUGGCUUUUUUACACAACUUUCCUCCUUCACCACGAUGAUAGCAAAUGGCUUCACCAUCUUCUUCAAUUUCCUCAUUGCAUAUGGAUCACGUUUUUACCUUGGCCCAAAGAAAAUUUCACUUUGGAAAUCAAAGCCAGGCCCAAUAUUUACACCACAAACAUUCGAGACUUCAGAAAAAUCUGGCAAUGCAAUGUCAGAUGUUCUUGAUGAAAUCAUGGCAUCAUCACCAAAAGAUCAUCAUCAAACACCUUCCCCACCUACAUACCCCACUCAACGAAGCAGCCCUUAUAACCAAGAACAGUCACUUCAACACGUUGGUCAAAGUCACACAUCUGGCUUUCACGAGAAACCUUCCGUAAACAUCUACGGUCAAAACUAUAAUCGACAUCAUGAGAUUGCAAGACAAACGGACCUUCUUUUAAAAACCAACACUUCUGGUUUGAAUUCGGCUGAGUUCAACGAUUAUUUAGCAACUGGUGAGCUACCAGACUGGAAAGUUCAAGAAGGCGAGGAAAUGGACUGGGACCCUACCGUUACUCGUGUGAAACACGACUUCAACGUUCAUCAUCGUGCUUUGGACACGACGUCAAACUAUGAAACUCAAGUACAACCUUUCGGUCAAUCUACAUCCUUCCAAUCGUCGAAUUCAUUCAAUGGCCCUUCUCCAUUUUAUGGCAAACUUCCAGCGGCCCCAAUCAGCCCAGCUCAUCGACUUCGCAAUCCCCCAAACAGGCCACGACUUGAAGUGCCAUCAGCUCAGCGAAAAGAGAACUUUUUCAAUAGCAUGACACAAAAGCCAGCUUUUGGCAAAGCCAACAAAGAUCACUAUGAAAUUCAGAUUGCAGAUCCAAAACUCCAUGUCGCCAAUCCUAAAGCAUAUCAACUGGAUAAUGGUUUUGAAGAAGCCUUUGGCAAAUUUUCCAUUGAAGAGAAGGAAGAAACACCAGCUAAAGAAUUCGGAAAGCUGAGCAUGGGAAAGGCCAUUGGAUUGAGUUUGUUAUUUGGUGGAUUAGCAGUAGGCGCAGGAGCUUUCUACAAGUCCAAAUCCUCGUCGCAAGAUGAGACCUCCUCGUCACUUGAAACAAUGACGAUUGAAAACACCUCCACUUUGUAGGUGGGGACCUUCCUCCAUGGAUCUUACCAAUCCAUGGGGCAUGUAAGUUACCCUGAGAUUGUUGUUGUUUCAAGUGACUUGGAAUAUUGAAUCUUGUGGCGGGAACUUGGACUCGGGGAAAGGAUUGGAUUUGGACUUGGAUUUGGAUUUGGACUCGGAUUUGGACUCGGAUUUGGAUUUGGACGGGUGCUUGGAGCAUGGAAGGUUUAUUGUUUGGAAGUUUUCACGGAUUAUGGAUUAUGAAUUAUGAAUAAUGUCUAGCAUUUUUAGAAAUGGAGUCACCUGGCAUGGUGUUUUUUGUUUAUCAACUGGAAGGAAAAACUUUGUAAUUAGUAUAUGAUAGAUACCCUGUAUAAAUACUUAAUUUAGAAUUAGAAAUG